UCAACCGCUCGCUUAUGCGGUUUGGCUUAUCAGCGGAAGUACGACGACAAACGGUCUUAAAAAUCCGUUCAUCCGUUGUUGACACUGUAACAACGGAUCUACAGCCAUGGGUAGCAUAGGCGACAACGGGGUCGAUUUGGAAUGCUUCCUCGUGACGAAGCAUUCCUGGAAGGGCAAAUACAAGCGUAUCCUAUCCGUCGGAUCAACUGGCGUGUCGACGUACAAUCCGGACAAAUUCGACGUCACCAACCGAUGGCCGUACGGUGAGGUGAUCAGCGCGCUACCGAACAGAUCAGGAAAUACGGCGUACGAAUUUGUGUUGAACCUGCGAAAGGACAAGAAAAUCGACACAAUCAAGCUGUCGUCGGAGAAUCGCAACGAAAUACUCACUUCGCUGCUUAAAUAUCACAAAGAAUUUGCAGAGAAACCGAAACAAACUACGGAUGAAGUAGAAAGUCCUGUCGAGUCGUUCUAUUCGUCAUCUUUCCCAUCAGCUUCAUUGCAUUCCACUUCCACCGCCCGGGAAGAAGCCGGCGCGAAAGGGGUUGAGUGGACGUGGUGGUUAAAGACCAUAGUGGCAUCAUUUCUUCCGCUACCACCACCGGCCCUGCCCUGUUUGCCGUGCUGUACGGUGCUAAAAAAAUUCAAUGCUUACAAGCAUCACUGGUCAGGCACCACUCUUCCAACCGUGCUGGAGGUGACACCGAGCUCUCUAGAUCAGCUCGAUCCGACCACCAGCACGGUACUUGCGAGUUACAACUAUAAGGACAUCGAUGGCAUCAUCGGCAUCCAGGACUACCCAAAUGGUAUUGUACUCGCCUACGGUGGCCACAGCCGUUUACAUUUGUUUCGCGUCGAAAACAAUCACGACAUCGUACAAAUGAUCGUGCAAAACGCCCAGCAGUACCUUGGGAUCGACAUUAAAGUGCUGAAAAAGCAGAUCUCACUAGAACAGUUUGAGCAGCAGCGCUUCGGUGCGUACAGUGGCGACCAACAUCAAACGUCGAUGUCGGAGUUUAUCGUACAAAAGAUCACACCCCGGCAUUCGGAAUCGAUGCGCCGCAUCCUGUGCCUCACCGAUACGACUGUCCUGGAGCGGGAUCCGCAAACUUACAGCAUAUGUACGCUGCGACCGUUGGAUAACAUCUACGCGCUCGUGCGACAUGCAGACAACAUUCAAAAGUUUUCGGUCGAAUAUAAAAACGGUCUCAUUCGGUCGUACAUUACGAAUGAUCGGGACUCGCUACUAGCGACGCUACUCGAUGCUGUCCGAUCGUGCGGAAAUCAGGAUGUACACGUGCGCAUCUCUAACACGCCACGUGGCAAACGUGUCGGUCCGCUGACAGUCAGUGUGGACGAAGAAACGGAAGCGAAUCUGUUGCGCUAUAUCAUAUCCAACUAUCAGUAUCCGGUGAAGCGUAUCGAUGUGAUGGAACGAUUCAAUGCGAACAUUCCCUACAGUGGCUUGAACUAUAGUGUAACUCAGGAUAGUCUGUUUGCCGAAAGCAAGGAACGAUUGAUAACGGGUGCGUUGCAGUCGUUAAUCGGCAACAAGGAGGACAAUGCGCAACUGACAAAUGUCGAACAGGAAGCUUCAUUCCACGUGCUCCGACGCCUGCUGGCGAGCAAAGUGGGCUAUGCCGCAUUCACAAAUCUCCCGGGCUUUCGAGAAGCGAUCGGGCUGAAGGUAGUGCACGCCUUGAAACGCAACGAUCUGGCAGUAACGUACGCCGCCAUUGAUAUGAUUAACUCACUCAUGCACUCCGAUUACGAUUUGAAGCAAGAACAGCUAAACAAAUCGUCACUCCUGCACACGAAAGCGUUCCUUGAGCAAUUGCUGGAUAUGUGGAGCAAGCACGUGAACCUUGGCAGCGGGGCACUCGUGCUUUCGGCAAUGCUGGAUUUCUUAACCUUCGCCCUGUGCGUCCCGUACAGCGAAACGACCGAUGGAAAGCAGUUCGAUUUACUAUUAGAGAUGGUGGCAUCGAGAGGCAGAACGCUAUACAAACUGUUCCAGCAUCCUUCGCUAGCCAUCGUGAAAGGUAGUGGAUUGGUUAUGCGAGCGCUAAUCGAAGAAGGCGAUGCUGCCAUUUCUAGCCAAAUGCAAACGCUAGCCUUGGACGAGGCUGCCUUGUGCCGGCAUCUGCUUGUGGCGCUCUAUACACCGACGAACGAUUCCACCAUGAUUACUCAUCGGCAAUUGUCGAGGCAUUUGGUGGGUCUGUGGAUAGCGGACAGCGAUGAUGCGAUGAAUCUUUUAAAACGAGUUUUUCCGGCUGGAUUACUUUCCUUUCUGGAAAGUGAGGAAGCGGUACCAAAAGAAGACAUCGAGGAAGACAAGCUUAACUUUCGAGACAACCUGAAGCUGGCGGUGCAACAUUCCGGCAAUAACAGCAAGCAACGGCUCAAUUAUUUGAUAGAGAAGCAUCUGGAGGGUAUUAAGCAUUGGGGCAUGAAUCUGCUCGAUGUGCGACAGGAAAAACUUCAGCAAACGCAAAAGAAUCGCCCAAUCGUCUUACGUAACCGACGUCAGAAAAAGAAGGUUGGCGAACAGGUGGUCAAUUUGCCACUGUUUUUCUACCAGUUCGGUAAGAACCACGCCAUGCCAAACUUGAUCUGGAAUCACAAAACCCGGGAAGAGCUUCGAUCGGCGCUCGAGAACGAGCUCCGUCAGUUUACGGCUGACAAGGACCUCGCAGGUAGUAUGUUGGUUGCAUGGAACUAUGAGGAAUUUGAGGUGCAAUAUCAAUGUCUGGCGGAUGAAAUCAAGAUCGGCGAUUACUACAUUCGAUUGCUGUUGGAGCGAGACGAUUGGCCGCAAAACCUCGUGAAGAACCCUAUCGAGCUGUUCAAUGCACUGUAUCGGAGAGUGUUGUGUCGAAAUCGAUUAAACGAUGAUCAAUUAACGGUGACUUCGUUGCAAGCCUUGGCGAAGGUGUACAAACGGUACUACGAGGAGAUUGGCUAUUUCAGUGACAUGCCAUACAUACUGCAAAUGUUAGAUAGGUGUCUUUCUCCAGCGCUUCGAGACGCUUUGAUAAUACUGAUAAAAAAUCUCGUAUUGCACAAAUCCAACUGUCGCCCGCUAACCGAUCACGUUAACUAUCUGGUGGAUUUGAUAACGCUGGCCCACCUGCACAAAGGACGCGCAACGUUAAACACGAAAACGAACGUCAUUGAGGCCGGUCCGAACAUGAAGAUGCACGAAGAGAAAGACUGGUACUACAACAUGGAGCGUGAGAACGAAAAACCAGAACGGUGUGGUCCAGUGACAUUCUCCGAGUUGAAAGAGUUAUGGUCCAAGGGUGUCCUAACGCCCCGAACACGCUGUUGGGCAGUUGGCAUGGAUGGAUGGCGCUCAUUACAACAAAUACCUCAGCUUAAGUGGUGUCUCAUGGCCAAGGGUACGCCACUGUUCAAUGAAACCGAGCUAGCGCAACACGUACUGGAUAUUCUCAACAAAUGCACCAGUUUUUUCCCGAGCCGGGCACGCGAUGGCGAGGCGGUGCUCAUUCCCGGGCCACGUUUAUCGCGCAAGCUGUCUGAAUUCAUCUGCCUUCCGCACAUAGUGCAGGUGUGUCUGACGCACGAUCCCGGCUUGCUCGAACGCGUCGCAACGCUGCUCUGCCAAAUAAUGGAGGACAAUCCGGAGAUGUCGAAGGUUUACCUCACGGGAGUGUUCUACUUCAUGCUGAUGUAUACCGGCAGCAAUAUAUUGCCUAUCGCUCGUUUCCUCAAGAUGACGCACAUGAAACAAGCGUUCCGCAGCGAGGACGGUAACUCGCAGUCGAGUAUCAUGCAUCGGAGCAUUCUCGGGCAGCUGCUGCCGGAGGCGAUGAUAUGCUUCCUGGAGAACCACAGUGCGGAAAAGUUUGCUGAAACGUUCCUGGGCGAGUUUGACACGCCAGAAGUGAUCUGGAGCUCGGAAAUGCGGCGUAUGUUGAUUGAAAAGAUCUCCGCCCACAUCGCAGACUUCACGCCGAAGUUGAAGGGGCAUACAAUGGCACGGUACCCGUAUCUGGCAAUUCCGGUGAUCAGCUAUCCACAGCUGGAGAAUGAGCUGUUCUGUCACAUUUUCUACCUGCGGCAUUUGUGCGACACAACAAAGUUUCCCAACUGGCCUAUACCAGAUCCGGUACAAUUAUUAAAGCAUACGUUGGAUGCGUGGCGAAAAGAGGUGGAAAAAAAACCAUCAGAAAUGACGGUUACUCAGGCGUAUCUCGAUCUGGAUUUCGAUGUUAGCAAAAAUCCACAGCCGGAAGAAUCUGCCAUCAGAAAGGCUUACUACCGACUGGCUCAAAUGUAUCAUCCGGAUAAAAAUCCCAACGGCAGGGAAAUAUUCGAGCGCGUCAACCGGGCGUAUGAGUUUUUGUGCUCCCGAAACGCUCUCAAUACAGACGGUCCAAAUCCGAGCAACAUUGUGUUGAUUUUGCGCACCCAAUCGAUCCUCUUCGAGCGCUACUCGGAAGAACUGCGUCCAUACAAGUACGCCGGCUACCCACAGCUUAUAAAGACGAUUCGGUUGGAAACGAAAGACGACCAGUUGUUCUCCAAAACUGUGCCACUGCUCAGUGCGGCUUCCGAGCUGUGCUACCAUACAGUGCACUGUUCGGCGUUAAACGCGGAGGAACUUCGCCGAGAGGAAGGUAUCGAGGCACUGCUGGAUGCAUACUCGCGUUGCGUAUCGAUCAUGGGCGUCGAUUCGAAGCGUGGUUCGUUACACUAUGAGGUGAUCUCGAACAUUACCCGGUGUUUCGACGUCGCGUGCUGCUUCGAUAGCUGCCGUAAAAAGAUCCUGGAACUACCGCAGCUGAUAAUGGACGUGUGUCGAGUGGUGUACUUCAAGCACACGCUAUCGGUCGGCCUGGUUACGAGCCUGGCGGCAAACAAUCUCGGCCUGCAGUGCAAUCUCGUGCGGAAUGGUGUGUUGUGGUCGCUGAUGUUGUUCCUUUUCGACUACGAUUUCACGCUCGAUGAGAGUGGCGUCUCAUCGGAGGAAAAAUCGAACACCCAACAGGUAGCGAACAAUCUUGCCAAACUUUCACUCUUGGCGUGUGUGGCCCUAGCAGGCUACAGUAUGACGCUCUUAGACGAUCCGAAAACUGCGGUAUUGAAGGCAACUGCAGUUGUCGGAAAAAGCAACGCUACCGCAAGCCCGCCAACCGUGCGUAGCGAGUCACCGCAGACGGUGGCCCGUACCGGCAACCAGACGUAUUCGCAAAAUGCAUCCAAUUUAAUCCAGAACAAUUCGAGCUUGAUCCAAUCGGUUGCCAACAUCGAUAAGGUGCUGCAAGAACGCAAGGGCACCGAGCCAUCGUCGUCAAGUCAGGAAAUCGGCGAACCGCCUUUGGACUGUGAGAAGGGGUUGCAGAAUAAAAAGUACAAAAUCAGCAAUGUACACCCACCUGCCAACGCCGUGGUGAAGCACAUUCUUGAUCGAUUACUAACGCCGUACGUUGCCACGAAGAUGGUAGCCGACAGUGAGCAGAACGUGUUGAAGAUGUUGAACUCGAAUACUCGCAACCCGUAUCUGAUUUGGGAUAAUGGGACGCGAGCCCAGCUGACCGAUUUUCUAGAGCAACAACGUAUGGCGGCCACGAGAGAGCAGUACGAGGACGUGUCGCAAAUUGACGAGCUGGUACAAGGUUUCUCAUACGACGCUCACCGGGACGAGCUUAAAAUUGGUGGAAUCUUCAUUCGCGUUUACAACGAGAUGCCAACAUUCACUAUAACCAACCCGAAGAGCUUUGUAAUCGACUUGCUGGAGUUUCUCAAGCAAGGCUACAGUCACCUCCACGGAACUACAACUAAUCAGAGUGCCGUCAACCCGGCACCUUUAGCUGCAGCUCUACCCACAGGAGGUAUAUUGGUCCCCACAAAAACCUGGAAACCGAUGGUACCUCCUCCAAAGCGACCGGCUGGUGCCGGUGUGGCAGGUCACCAACCACCGGCUAUUCCCGGGAGUGACAUCAGCGCAGUUCUCAGCGAGUACGCACGAUCGAAGCAACGCAGUCAGCUUGAACGAUCCGCCGGUAGCCUAGAGGGUGCAUCUGGACAGCGAUACGACUUUGCUAACAAUCCGCACGCAGUCCGGCACAUACUGAUGGCCCUGCAGGCCCUUAUCGCGGUGAUUAAAUCCAACGCGAACGUUGAAAUGCAAUGCAUCGGACAUUUCGAGAUGCUGUUCGGGUUGCUUUCGACUAGCCAGUGUGGGGUAGAUAAUCGCACGAUCAAAACACUCGCUUUGGAGAUUGUCUGUUUGGUGUCGCGCAACAAGGAAUGCGUAACGGAGAUUGCAGCGUGUGAAAUAGUCGGUCUUUAUCUGAUCGUGCUGAAGGAUCCGGAUCUUCGCGAGCAUCGACCACGCGUGCUCGAGACGUUGUCUGGUUUACUGAAUGUACCAAGGAUGAUCAAGGAGGCGCACUCAAAAGGCGCGGUCAUCUACCUGUUGGAUCUGUUCUGUAACUCCAAUAACCCCCAGAUUCGAGAGCAGUGCGCCGAGCUGAUGGCAAAGAUGAACGCCGAUAAGCUGAGUGGGCCGAAGGUGCGCAUCACGAUGGCCAAAUAUCUGCCACCCGUGUUUCUCGACGCCAUGAUCGAUUCCACAUCCGUUGCGGUGCAGAUGUACGAGUCGAUCCACGAGCACCCAGAGCUGAUAUGGAACGACGAGAUACGAGCGUGCGUGUCCGGUGCGGUGCGUGAUAUGGCGGACAGCUUCCACGCGCAGCAGAAGCGAAAUCCCAAGGCGGCAUGGCGCGAUCCGGAAAUAUUGCCUGAGUUGCUGUCGAACGAGCUGGUUGUGUCCGGGGUCUAUCUGCGGCUGUACGUGUCCAAUCCCGGCUGGACUCUGCGUAAACCAAAGCAAUUCCUUGCCGAUUUGCUGGAUUUCAUCGUGGACAGCAUUAGCCGCAGUGCCGUCGAUAAGGACGUACUAGAUCUGGCCACGACAGCGCUGGUGUUGCUGCUGAAUGCGCAGCCAAACCUGGCCGACUCGAUACCGGUCCUUGGUCAUAUACCGAAGUUUUUCCGCCAAUUGUCCGUUCAGCCAAAGAGUGCCCUCACAGUAUUGCAUCAGCUGUCGCUGUCGGAGAUUUGCGUUAGCGCUAUCUCGCAGACUGAGUGUAUACCUUCGUUGAAAACCUGCAUGGAACACCACCGGGAUCUAACCGCGACGGCAUGUGAAACGCUGAGUCGAUUAUUCAAAUGCCAGCACGAUUCUCUGAUACGCCAAUCGCUAGAGUGUCAAUUAAUCCCUUACCUGGUCGCCCUGCUGGACACGCGCCUAGCGCUGGCAACCAAUCCGGCGAUGGUGAAGGCCCAAAUCGUGGCCGCCCUCAAGGCGAUGAGCGCCAACCUGACCUACGGGGAUCGGGUGACGCAUCUCCUCAAUCAGCAUCCCAUUUGGGCCGAGUACCGUGACCAGAAGCACGAUCUCUUCAUCACCGACACAGACGUGCGGGGUUAUCUAAUGGGUGCCCCCAAUACGACGGCCGGAUAUCUAACACAGGGACCGACGAAAAACGUAGAAGUGCUCACCUCGCCCCCGCCAAUCGAUCGAGACGAUCCGCUGUUCUCGCGGUCCAGCAGCGGCGGUGGCAGUGUGUAGUGUACGUUCAAUCCCACCUCUGGAGCUCGGCAUCCCGAUCGUAUAUUUCAUAUGAGACGGCGUGGACGCGUGCAUCAGUGGUUUUCGUUGCCCUUUAGUAACGUCGGGAAGGAAUCCUGGGCGCUACACAACAGUGCGCCUUGUUUAUAUCAUAUAUUAUCGCACUUGAUUUAUUCGCUCUUUGAUUUCCGCUUUCUUUGCGCCCUCUCUCCCCACGUGUAUGUCGCUAUUCAGUUGUAAUGUGAUAUUUUAUAGCAAGAAGAAGAAAGAAAUUAUAGAUUGAAAGCAAAACGGUGAAACGAAACAAUGUAAAUUGCCAGCGAAUAGCGACGUUCAAGAAGUCGAAGAACAUCGCUAGUGACGAUGCAUAACUGACACUGAUGGUUCCAUUAAAGGAAAUAAAAGAAAUCUAUA